CCUCUGACACGACGUGGUGCGCCGAUUGCGGCUGAAGCUGAGUACGCGACUUCACUUGGCAAAUUGCAUCUUUUUUUAUAUAUAUAUUUUAGUUUUGUUAUCCUCACAAAUCCAAAACGAUCACCGCCCCCGUCAGUCGGCCACGUGAGCGAGUGAGCGGAACCCUGGAAUUGAGCUGCUGGGGUCGCGAACGCCGCCGCCCACAGCUCGCCGGGGCGGCGGCGGCCGCCGCGCUCAGGCGCUAGGAAAGCCGCCGAAAGCCUGCGGGGGUAGGCCCGGGCCGCCGCCCGCAGGGGAAUGUCCGCCAAAGGCAGGAAAAGGGCGCCGCUGCCUUCGCGGCCCGAGCCGCCCACGGUGGAGGAGGUGGUGGAGGACGUCCACGGCGCAGGGCCCUCGGACCCCGUGUUCAGCUUCUCCGAGGAGAGUGAAGGAGGAGGAGCAGGGGUGCAGGACAUGGGCGGGCGUCCUGAGCACGAGACCACAGACACCCAGGUCCACGACUGCUUCCAGCGCUGCCGGCGCUUCGUGGAGACGCACCAGCAGCUGCGUGCCGCGCGGAGCCUGUUGGACGAGAAGCUUCAGCAGCUGCAGAGCAGCGAGGAGGAGCUGCAGGCCACCGUCGCCGAGCUACAGGCCAAGGCCAACGAGGGCGCAGGCCUGGUGGCCUGAGGGAGGUGCCUUCUCGGUUGUCCCCCGCUUCCGGAGACACGGAAUCGUGAAAGCCCGUCGCAUCAAAUCACGUGGCACCGCAUGCAGAGUUCCCAGCCCUUCUCAAAUUAGUGUUUACAAGUGAUUGUUAGGGUACGCUGAAGUUUCGUGGGCUGGUCUUUAGUAUUUAUCAGCAUACUGGACGGUACAUUCCCUUGACCCUUUUCUCACAUCCUGACAGGUUUAUUCAGUGCUUCUCAUGACCUGCUGGUAAAUUUGAAGUCGUACUUGGUAGUAACGUGAAAUAUUGCCACUUACCAUUGUGUACCAUUAGCCCUUCCACCAGCAGGGGUUUGAGCAAGUAAUUGCAGGGCUGCAUUUUAACCUUUCUUUUUUAACCACUUAGCUGGUACCGUUAUCGUACUUUCCACGCAAGGCACGUUUCGGUGAUGUUGGGCUGCCGGUCGUGGUUUUCCCGGUGAAGGGAAAUCUUGGGCGACCGACACCUGAGAACCGAAUGGUUCGUGCCACGUCCAAGCAGCCAAGCUCCUCCAGCGAGAGACGCAUGAUUUAUGACUACUCCCUGUGGUAUUGCGAGGAGGACAGCGCGGUGGCGGAAGACAUCACGAACACGCUCGACUCAAAGGAUCUCCGCCGCUUUGUGGACCAUGUCGAUGAGGUGGCUGGUGAGCUGGCCAUCAAAGCAGUCACCAAUGUCAUCCAAAGCAGCCGCUGCUCCGUGGUGGUGCUGUCCCCGCAGUCACUGGAGUCAGCCUGGUACAGAUCCAUUAUGCACUGGAGCCUACAUCAAUGCUUGGAGCCAUCCGUUUUGUUCAGGUUGGUGCCCGUGUACGUGGGAGGUGCAAAGUCGCCUCAGAUACUGUCUCACAUUGCCGGCCUGCAGUACUCCCACCGCCACUUCCACACCCGCCUCAUCAAAACGGUGGACUUGAAAGUCAAACACCGUAGAGUCACGUAGCGCCACGGUCUCUCGAGUGCCAGGACGACCUCGGCGACGUGAUGAUGCGUUUUAUGGGAAGAUACAAUCCAAGAAAACAAACAGUUCUAAAUGUUUUUGCUACACGGUUUACGCAUGUGUGUAUGGGUGGGUAGCGGUAGCAUAGUGGGUCGCGCGCUCUGCUAAAAACUUCGGUGAUCUGAGUUCAGUUCUGCUUACGACUAUUAGACAGUGGCAAAUAUUUUAAGAGGUCCCGCGUUGCCCCCCCCCCCCCCAUGUUGACUCAGCAUUCAAAACUAGAACCUGGAGCGGUGUGAAAACACAAUCAUUGGAGAGACGAAGGCGGCUGUGCAUUGUUGGCCACCCACCCCCCUCGUGUGCGGUGUGCCGGCCUUCAUAGGUGCUCGUUAACGACACUUGCGCGAAAAGUCUUCUGAAGACUGCGGCUGCCAGCUUGGUAAGAAAAGGCCAAAUUAGGUCAAGCUUUUCAUCAUAGCACUGCAGUGAUGUCACUGAUUUACCAUAAUAAUACAUGAGUGAUGUCACGACGUCGCUAGUGCCAUGAUGACAUGCUCCCCCAUCACUUUAAAGUCCUCUCAUUAAUGAAGCUUCAAACUCAGUCUGCCUGGGUCACGCAGCAUAGGAGUGUAGCUAAAAAUAAGAGCUGAGCGACUGCUGCAGUUUGCAUAUGUCAUGCUUAUGUGGAUUUUGACCGGCUGCAAGGCGUGUCCAUUAGCAGUGGGCCAGCGUGAACAUGAGCGGAGCAUCGGGCUUCUUUUGAUGGUUACUUUCUUCCUCUGCAUUGGCAUGUCUCUGCAGGAUAAAUUAUUUUUAAAUUAACUUGUUCCACGUGCACGGAGGGAGAUGGAGCAAUGAAAUGGACUCUUGUGCAGGUUAAGGAUGGAUUGUUACCGUGAGAGAUGGAAACGGCUUGGAGAAGCCUUCGUCCAGGCGCGGAUUGGCCGUGGCUAAUUAUAAGCAUGAGGAUGAUGCAGAGGGAAUGCUGGAUUGGUGGUGGGAUUAAAAAGCAGGUGGCUUUUAAAUGUGUACUAAAGAAAAUAAUUGUGCCUUCUUGGGGGUGUGUGUAUUUAUGCCAUUAUCGCUUUUGAAUGUUUGAAGGCCAACCCUGUAUUGUGUGUGAUUGCGCCAGAUAUCCGCGCGCACCUGUGAUCCAGCGCUGUAGAGGAAAGGGUUGGUGGAUAACAGAGAUGUGCGAAAAUCUCAAACAUGCCAGGCUACUAAGUGACCAGGAGUUAUGGCAGCAGUGCACGUGGAUGCACAAACUGCACUGUGCAGAGCUCUUGGGAGUUAUCACAUUGUAUGCAUGCUUUAUUUUAACUGGGUACUCUGAUUUCGUUCCGCAGUCCAAACACUCGAAUGUGGAGUUGACCAAACAUCCUGAUGUAGGACCCUUCCUGCAAUAGAGUUGAAUCUCAGUGAUCAUUUUUUUAUAAAUAUAAUUAGAGGUGUGACCUGACAUUACUGUACCCAUUCACCAUUGAAAAAUAAAAUCCAAGAGACUUGGGAUAAAAACAAAAAGAGCAGAUUUUAUUGUGGUGCAUUUGAUAGAUAAUUCUGCGCAUUAUCAAUACCACCUGAUAGCACACCUUUCCUCAAUAAAACUCUUACUUUUAAUGCAUUGACAUUCUGACUGCAUAAUUUGUAUCAUCAGACCUCGUUUGGGUCAGUUGUGAGUGGGCUUGGGCAGGACACGUCGCCAUCAAGGGUGUCAAGGGUGCUGACUGGGAGCCGAGAAUAACGACUGUGAGUAGCCAGCUAAAGGGAGGGCGCCUGCCGAGGAGAUGGAGCGAUGAGAUGACCCGUUGUGCAGGAGCGAGGAUGGAUCGUUAUAUUUUGUAACUGAGGGAUGGCGACAGUUUGGAGAGGGGGCCUCCAUCCCAACAGUGGUUAUCUCACGGCUUAUGAUGUACUCAUGUAUGUUGAACUUCUUUCGCACCGUACGUAGCCAACCGUGCAUAUCGGCAAGCUGAUUAUACUCGCCUGUCGGCGAGAUGGAAAGAGGGUGUGGCGUUUCACGAUUUCGUUUAAUCACAAUCUUGGGAUGGCUGGGCUCGCCUAGAGACACGUGACCUUUUCCUCUUGAAAUAAAACUUUGA